AUGAGGCCCCCAGUGCUGAUCUCCGUGCUCCUCUGGCUCCGGGGCUUCUUGGCCAAGGAAGACAAUGAUGCAUGUGGCUCCCUGCCCCCCGGGGACGAGCACCCAGGAGGACCACCCCUGGAAGUGAACGUCAGCAGCCAGGGGAGGCCCACGAGCCUCUUUCUGAGCUGGGCCUCACCAGAGCCAGGCGCGUCGGGACACGCGCUCCAGCUCACAGCUCUGGGCCCCCCGGGGUCCCCUGAAGGCCGGCAGAUCCAGGCCCUUACCAAUGCUUCCAGCUUCACCUUCUUGGACCUGGUGCCAGGAAGCCCAUACCGCCUGGAGGUCACGGCCCUGCGACCGUGUGGGCAGAACGUCACCGUCACCCUCACGACCCAGACACCUCCAGCGCCCGUCCACAACCUGCAGCUCCGCCCCGCCGCCAGCCCCGCCAGCCUGGAGGCCACCUGGGACGCUGCCCCCGGCCAGCAGGACAGCCUCCAGCUCCUCCUCCAGCAGCCUGAGUCCCAGACCUGGGCACAGAAUGUCACCCUGGCCCCGGGCACUCUGGCUUAUACCUUUAGCGACCUCCUGCCGGGGAGCGAGUACGUGGUGGAGGUCACCACUCGGGCUGGCACUCUGAGCGCCAAGACCAGCGCCCAGCAGUGGACAGCCCCAGUGGUCCCCAGUGAGCUGACGAUGCGUGCCCUGGGCACCACCGCCCUGCAGGCCUCUUGGAACGGGUCUGAGGGGGCUGCCUGGCUCCACCUGACGCUCAGAGAUCCGGGUGGCACCAACCUCACAGUGGUGGCCAGGCGGGGGACCACCAACCACACCUUCCGGCACCUCAGCCCGGGCACCCGCUAUGAGCUCACACUGAGAGCAACUGCGGGACCCUAUGGAACAGGGGGCCCCAAUGCCACCGAGUGGACCUACCCCGUUGCCCCCCUGAACCUCAAGCUUGUGCCCCAGCCCCCAGAGCUCUGGGUGGGCUGGCAGGCAGGGCCCGGGGCCCAGGAUGGGUACUUGCUGAGGCUCACGGGACAGACGCAGUGGAAUGCCUCCCUGGGCCCCUCGGCCCUCAACACUACAUUCCCGGGGCCCCUGACCGCUGGUCACUACACUCUGGAGCUGAGGGCUCUGGCGGGGCCCUAUCACGCCAGCACCCAGGCCAGUGUGUGGCUGGAUGGGCCUCUGCCCCCACAGUCCCUGGAAGUGACUGACAGGGGCAGCCCCUCGGAGCUGGCCAUUGGCUGGGCCGCACCCCUGGGGGAGCUGGAAGGCUACGGCGUGGCCUGGCGUCAGGAGGAUGACCAGCAGACCCAGGGCAGCCGUAUCGACGUGGGUCCAGGAAACACCAGCCUGAUUUUGGGGGGCCUCAUGCCUGGAUCCUGCUAUUCCGUGUCUGUGUGGGCCUGGGCAGGGAACAGCAGCUCCAGCACCCAGAGCACCCACGCCUGCACCCUUCCUGCCCCUCCUGCCAACCUGAGCCUGGGAUGGUCCUCCCAGCCCCCUGCUCUCACGGCCUCCUGGAGCGCCCCUCCGGGGGGCAGGGACGGCUUCCAGCUGCAACUGUACAGCCUGCGGCCCCUCACCCUGAAUACCGAGACCAGACUCGAGGCCGGGGCUCAGAACUUCUCCUGGGCCCAGCUGCCAGCCGGCACCGAGUUCCUGGCGCAGCUGAGGAGCCUGCGGGGCCUGGACGAGAGCAGCAGCGCCAACGCCACGGGCUGGACGCCCCCCCUUGCCCCAGCUCUGGUGAACGUGACCAGUGAAGGCCCCUCACAGCUGCGGGUCUCCUGGGCUCACAGUCCUGGGGGCCGGGAGGGCUACCAGGUGACCCUGUCCCGGGAGGGCACCCCGGUUGGCACCAGCUCUGUAGAGGCCGAGGUGGGCAGCGUGAGCUUCUCGGAUCUGCUCCCUGGCACACAGUACGAGGUGGAGAUCGUGUCCUGGGCUGGGCCCCUGCACCAAGCGACCAGCAGCUCUGGCUGGACCUCCCCCAUCCUGCCCAAUGAAUUGCUGGUGUCCAUGCAGGCGGGCCAGGCCGUGAUCAAUCUGGCCUGGGCCGGUGGCCCCUUGGGGCAGGGCCAGUGCCAUGCCCGCCUCUCUGAGGGCCAGCGCCUCUCCUGGGAGCAGCCGCUGAUGUUGGGCCAGGCCCUCCUGGUCCUGAGGGACCUCACGCCUGGACGCAACCUCUCUCUGUCGGUGCAGUGCCGGGCCGGCCCGCUUGAGGCGGCCACACACCCCGUACUGCUGCCCGUCGAACCCGGCCCUGUGGAGGACGUGCUGUGCCAGCCCAAGGCCACUCGCCUGGCCCUGAACUGGACCCUGCCCACGGGGGACCUGGGUGCCUGCCUGGUGGUGGUGGAGCAGCUAGAGGCAGAGGGCAGCGUGCACCCCGUCUUCCAGGCCAACGUCUCUGGGGCCACCCUGGUGCUGACCGGCCUGGUGCCAGCCACGUCCUACCGCCUCAGCCUCGCUGUGCUGGGCAGGAACGGCCUGUGGAGCCGCACGGUCACCCUGGUGUGCAGCACCGCUGCUGAGGCCUGGCACCCCCCCGAAUUAGCCGCAGCCCCCCAGCUGGAGCCCGGGAUGGGGAUGGGCGUGGUCAUCACGCGAGGCAUGUUCGGGAAGGACGACGGGCAGAUCCAGUGGUACGGGAUCAUCGCCACCACCAACAGCUCCUUGACGCGGCCCCCACCGGAAGCCGUCAACUGUACGUGGUACCACCACUACUACCAAGAACGGGACUCCUACCUGGCCAUCCUGCUGCCCAACCCCUUCUACCCGGGGCCCUGGGCUGUGCCCAGGUCCUGGAUGGUGCCCGUGGGUACAGAAGACUGUGGCCAAACCCGGGAGAUCUGCAACGGGCCGCUCAAGCUGGGUGUCCAGUACCGGUUUGGCGUUGUGGCCUUUACCAGACACCUUGCUCCUGAGACCACCAUGUCCUUCUCAGCCUUCUCAGAACCACGGACCAGUGUCCCAUGGACAGUGCUGCCCUUCCCAGUGGUGGCGGGUAUCGCAGGGGGCAGUAUUCUCGUCCUCUGUGCCCUGCUGGGCCUGGUGUGCUGCUGGCGGAGGGUGAAGGGGCAGAGGGCAGACAAGAAGCGUUUCUCCCAGGAACUGACGGCUUACAACCUGCGGCGGACCCAUCGGCCCAUCCCGCUGCACAGCUUCCGCCAGAGCGUCGAGGCCAAGAGUGCGCAUGCGAACCAGGCCUUUUUCCAGGAGUUUGAGGAGCUGAAGGAGGUGGGCAGGGAGCAGCCCAGGUUGGAGGCCCAGCAUCCUGCCAACGCCGCCAAGAACCGUUACCCGCAUGUGCUGCCCUAUGACCAUUCGCGGGUUAGGCUGGCCCAGCUGGAAGGGGAGCCCCACUCUGACUACAUCAAUGCCAAUUUCAUCCCGGGGCAUGCCCACCCGCAGGAGUUCAUCGCCACCCAGGGACCUCUCAAGAGGACGCUGGAGGAUUUCUGGCGGCUGGUAUGGGAGCAGCAAAUUCACAUGAUCGUCAUGCUGACAGUGGGCAUGGAGAACGGCAGGGUGCUGUGUGAGCAUUACUGGCCUGCUGACCCCAACCCUGUCACCCACGGGCACAUCACUGUCCACCUCCUGGCCGAGGAGCCCGAGGAUGAGUGGACCAGGCGAGAAUUCCAGCUGCAGCAUAGCACCCACCAACAAGAGCGCAGGGUGAAGCAACUGCAGUUCACCACUUGGCCUGACCACGGUGUGCCGGAAGCCCCCACGCCCCUGCUGGCUUUCACUGAGCUGGUCCGGACGCAGGCCCGAGCCUCCCAAGGCACCGGGCCCAUCCUGGUGCACUGCAGUGCCGGCGUGGGCCGCACAGGGACUUUCGUGGCGCUGCUGAGGUUGCUGCAGCAGCUGGAGGAGGAGCAGACGGUGGAUGUGUUCAACGCCGUGUACGCUCUGCGCAUGCACCGGCCCCUCAUGAUCCAGACCCCGAGCCAGUAUAUCUUCCUGCACAGCUGUCUCCUGAACAAGAUCCUGGAAGGGCCCCCCAACACCUCUGAAGUUGGGCCCAUCCCAGUAGCCAGCUUCGAGCAGGCCUGUGCCAAGAGGGCGGCCCACGCCAACGCAGGCUUCGUGAAGGAGUAUAAGCUCCUGCUGCAGGCCAUCCAGGACCAGACUCACUGCCCCAUGCCCCCUCCUGGCUACGAGCAGGACCUGGUCCCCUAUGCCCAUUGUCCAGGACGCUUUGUUUCGGAAGAGAGGGGGCAGCAGAAGGAGGCCCCCCCCGGAGGGUCGCCCGAGGCCUGGCUUUUCCCUGGGGGCAUUUCCGGCCAUGAUCACGUGGUGCUGACCGGGCCUUCCCGGCCCCAGGAGCUGUGGGAGCUGGUAUGGGAGCACGGGGCCCAUGUGCUGGUCUCCCUGUGCCCGCCCGACGCUGGGGACAAGGAGUUCUGGCCAAGCGAGAGUCAGCCCGUGGUCCUCCCCAACAUGGUCACCGUGCACUGGGUGACUGAGAGCAGCGCAUCGGGCUGGCCCUGCACCCUCCUGCGAGUCUGUCAUGGGCUGAGCGGAACGGAGAGGCAGGUCCAGUGGCUGCAGAUGCCCAGCGCAGAGCCGGGCCAGGAGCUCCCCGUGCCCACCCUGCUGGCCUUCCUGACGGCCGUGGACUGCUGCUGCUCUCAGGACCAGAAGAAGCCACACACCCUACUCAGCCACUCCAGCAAGGGCACAGCACAGCUGACCACCUUCCUGGCUCUGGAUCGGCUGUUGCAGCAGGCAGGGGCGGACUGCACUGUGGACGUUUUCAGCGUGGCCUUGCAGCAGUCACAGGCCUGUGGCCUCAUGACCCCCACGCUGGAGCAGUACAUCGACCUCUACAAGUGCCUAUGCAGUGCGCUGGUGGACAGGCUGGGCUAGCGGGAGCAGAAGAGGCCCGAGCCUGUCGUGGAGGGG